AUGCCGCCAUUUUGCAAGAUUGCUGUAAUACAGCUGCCCGAGGAUAACUUCGCUCGCGCUGUAAACUUCAUUCGUGAGGCUGCAGCUCAGGGAUGUCAACUCGCUGUCCUGCCUGAAUUUCACUUGACGAACUGGAUCCCCACAGACCCCCGCUUUGCCUCGUUGUGUGAGGAUUGGGAGGUCUAUUUGCAUCGAUAUCAGGCCUUAGCGAAAGAAUGUAAUAUCUGCAUUGUCCCUGGGUCCAUCGUCCGACCCGUAUCUGCAUCUUCAGCACACGUCACAGAGAUAAACAAGUCCGACCAGAGACCCACGACACCCAUUUUGGAAAAUGCUACCUUCUUCAUCUCCAAUACUGGGGAGAUACUAGGCUCAUACAUUAAAAAAAAUCUGUGGGGCCCAACUGAGCGAGCUUACCUUCGCUCUUCCGGCGACAGCCCCCACCAGGUCAUCCAAACCCCCCUAGGUCCGGUCGGUCUGCUAGUUUGCUGGGACUUGGCCUUCCCCGAGGCAUGGCGGGAGCUCACGUCCAACGGUGCGAAGAUUAUUAUUGUUCCCACUCUGUGGACCCGCAGCGGUGCAUCCGAGGCGGGCCGUCGGCAAAACCCGUCCGCGCCGUCCCUGUUUCUGGACAGCAUUUUGACAGCACGCACAUUCGAAAACACCUGUGCCGUGGUCUUUGCCAACGCAGGCGGACCACCGGGCAAGAACUACUGCGGUCUUUCCCAAAUCACGAUUCCAUAUGCCGGCCCAUUGGUCCGUUUGGGUACCUCCACCGAAGGAAUGGGGGUGGCCACCCUGGAUAUGGCAGUGUUGGAGGAUGCGGAGGAGAACUACGGGAUCCGGGCGGAUAUGGCGGAUCCUGCCUGGUGUUACAAGCAUACGCAAAGAACUCUCGCUGAAGUUACCAAAGGAAAGCUAUAG